ACGUUACAUGGAAAAUGUUACUGUUGGAAAAUGCUUGCCAGUGUUUUUAUCUGCUAUAUAGGAUAGACUGCCUAAAUCAGGGCACCUCUGCUUCAAUCUAAUAUUACUUAAACUGUGCGGACAAAACCAUGGUCAAGGCCGCUUUCGUUUAUCGCAAUCCAACCCUUUCGUUUCGUAACUAAAUUUGUUAAACAUUAUAACGAAGUAAACCCAGCUAAUUGAACUUAGUUCUGCCAACCUUUGCAAUGGUAGUUUCCGUAUAAAAUGCAAAUACAAUAUGUUUUAAGACUGAUAUGUCUUGUUGAAACAGCACAAGUCGGGCUGUCCACAUAAAUGUGCGUGAUCAAAGGUAACGAUAUACCCUUUCGACCUAGAUAACGAACGACACGGAAGGCGGUGACACCAGUGAAUACUUGCCAGUGCUUUGACGAAACUAUUACCUACCUCAUCCACCAUGAAGUACUGUAGUACUCGAGGCGGUGUCAAGGGCCUUACGUUUGAGGAAGCUCUUUAUACCGGAUAUGCUGAAGAUGGUGGCAUUCUGCUUCCGGAGAACAUUCCAUCAAUCACUAAAAGCACCCUCCAGUCCUGGUCCAAGCUAUCUUAUGUCGAGUUAGUUAAAGAAAUCAUACCGUUCUUUGUGGGUGAUGAUGAGAUUCCAAAGGAAAACCUUAAUGGUUUAUUGGACAAAGCGUUUGGCCGAUUCACCCAUCCAGAUGUAACCCCGAUAUCAAAACUCAACGACGGCCUCAACAUCAUAGAACUCUACCACGGGGUCACUUGGGCUUUCAAAGACCUAGCACUGUCAUGUGUAGGGCAGUUCCUGGAAUACUUCCUAAACAAAAGACAGAAACGUUUGACCAUUAUUGUUGGGACAUCUGGUGAUACCGGAAGUGCAGCCAUUGAAGCGAUACGUGGCUUAAAAUGGGUAGACAUUGUUGUGUUAUUGCCAAAGGGACGCUGUUCUCGUGUCCAAGAACACCAAAUGACCUCUGUGAUAGAGGACAAUGUCCACGUGUUUCGAGUAGAUGGAUCAUCAGAUGACCUUGACAUUCCUAUUAAAAGAGUGUUUAUGGACAUACCUUUCAAGCGGCAACACAACCUUACCUCUAUCAAUUCGAUAAACUGGGCGCGUGUGAUGGUGCAGACGGCUCACUACAUUUACUCAUAUCUUCAGAUGUGCCCAAGUUGUGACAGUGAGGUUGAAAUUGUCAUCCCGACGGGAGCUUGUGGCAACGUGACAUCUGGCUGUCUUGCACGAAUGAUGGGCGUGCCUCUACGUCUGGUGUGCGCCGUUACCACCAAUGACAUCGUCGCAAGAACCGUAAGAGACGGGGACUUCUCCACUGCCGAAACUGUCACACAAACACUAGCUACAGCAAUGGACAUACAGAUCCCCUAUAACAUGGAGAGGAUUUGGAGCAUGAUGACCGGAGGUGAUGCUCCACGUAUUAAGGCAAUGAUGGACGAGUUCGAAAGAACAGGAAAGGUCCAAGUACCAACUGAUAUCCUUGAAAAGACCAAGGAGGUAAUUGUCGACACAUUUGUCGUGAACGAUGACGUAGUGAGAAAGACAAUGCGUCGAGCUUUCGAGAAGAAUCAGUAUUACGUGUGUCCCCACACAGCGAUAGGCGUGGCUUAUCACUACAGGGACCUAGACAGUAAAGAAAACAAGGAAGAGCGCCCUCCCAGGGUUAUCAUAGCAACCGCUUCCGUUAAGAAGUUCCAGGAAGCUGUUCUUUCAUCUGGACUGACGCCAAAGGAAAACGCUGAGGUCACGGCACUCCUAGAAAAAGAAACCAAAUCACAGGAAAUGACUAAGGGAGAUAACUGGGAAGAAAUGCUUCGGAAGACUAUUGAAAUGAUUUCUAUGAAAUCAAUGUGAUAUUGGACAGAUACGAUGUAAGUUUUCAUGUAAUAAAGAGAAUGAUUAUUCCAUUUAUACAAUAUCUUCUAAUACGGUAUUAGAUAUAGAUAAUUUAUGAUAUAUUUGUUAAUAACGGAAAAAGCAAGAUAAUCUAGAAAAUUGAUAAAAUAGUGAUACUUAAAUCAAACUGAUUUUAAUAUUACUGAAUCAGUGCUAUACACAUGAAAUUGCGGGUUCAUAUCGCCACAUAUAUUAUUUGUAGGAAAGCCUUUGUAUGCCGUUGUGUUAACAGAAAUGUAUUGCUGCUGAGUUAAAUAUAGUGUUGUGUAAUGUGCAUCUCUUAUACCGCAAACUGACAUAGAUUUAGCGGUUAUAAUAAUCAAGCGCUCAUUCCACUGUUAUGCCAAAAAGGGAAAUAGAGUUAAAGCCCCAAUAUACGUAAAAAUCACUAUAAAAAAACAAACUUUAUCUUAUUUUCCCCGUAAUAUAUGUAACAAAACAGAUACUUUCCUUUAAUUAAAGUAAAAUAAAACUGACUGUUUUCAAUUUAAAUAAAAAUUGAAAAAAAUCGGAAAAUAAAAAAUGUGGGACCCACAAUAAUUCAUACAUGUGUAAACA